AUGUUUUUGUCUAUUCCGCAAUCUAAAAAUCAGCUCAAACGGACUUCAGGAAACGGAGAUAUAGAGGUUUUAUUGGAACUUUUCAAAAAAAUAAAUAAUGUCGAAGUUAUUUCUGUUUCUGAAACAAUAAAUGAUGAUAAUGAGGUAUUAAAAUAUCACCGAGAAAUUUAUUGGCGUCUAUUAUUUCUUAAUUUAGUUGUAUUAUGGGCAUAUCAAUCAUUAAUAUCAGCUCAAAAUUAUUAUAUAAAUUGCUUUUCAAAUGAUAAUUUAGAUUUUUGGGGAACAGUAUCAGCUGGUUCAUCAAUGUUUCUUCUUCAUAUAAUUCAAUUAUAUUUUGGUAUUUAUAAAUAUGUUACGUCUUUAAAAAAUAAAAUAAGAUUAAAUAUUGCAUUUGCAAGUGUUGGAGGAAUAAAUACAAUAACUGAAUCGCCUAUUUAUGACAUAGGUGGAUUAUUUAAAACUGGUUCAUUUACUCAAGCUGUUCAAGUUGGUAAUGGUAUGGCGGGAUUUUUAAAUGUUACUGCAAAUACAAUAAUUCGAUUAGCUGUUUUACUUGUUCAUAGUAAAAUUGAUCGAGAUCAAUUAUCAUUUUAUAUAUUUAUUAGUGUAUUAAUAAUAUUAUGUUUUUUAGCUAUUUUUAUUUAA